ACGGGAACUGUCGCCAUUUUGAAAGAUGUACACAAAUUUCGUUGCCAAGUGGUUGACCUACCAAAAUAUUUUAAAAUUUUAACCUUAAAACUAAAAGACUUGAUAUAUUUUUGUUAAUGGAAUGAAACAAUAUGCCUAGAAAGUUACCAUUUAGAGUGAUUCAUGCCUCAGGGCAGGACGAAAGUUACAGAGCCUCAGAACUUAAUUACCAUAGUCCUUUAACCAAGGGAUGGCAGGCAUCAAGAUAUUGUUUGUACCCACAAGACAUUGUGUUACAGUUGGACCAACGAUGUCGUUUACGGAAAAUACAAAUUCUCUCUCACCAGUAUCUCAUAGCAACCAAGAUAGAAUUUUUUGUGGGUGAUGUCCCAGAGGAUAUGUCACCUAAUCUGGAAAAUGCCAGAUAUACAAGACUUGGAUAUGUGUCAUUAUCAGACAAUGAAAAGACAGGAUUUAAGGCCAGAGAACUCAAGUCUGUCCAUGUGGAUGCUGUAGGCCUGUACUUGAAACUCAACAUCCAUAAAAACCAUAUCAACAAAUAUAAUAUUUAUAAUCAGGUUGGAAUUAUAGCAAUAAAUGUGAUAGGAGAAACACUGAAAGGACCGUCAGAUUUUAUGGACCCUGAAUAUUACCUUGACCCAGAUAGAAAAGGACAACUUGAUGACUUAGGAUUAGAUACAUACAAUAAACCAGACUAUAUAUCUCCUUUAGACGACUUAGCAUUUGACAUGUACCAAGAUCCUGAGAUAGCUGGAAUCAUCAGAAAACUGGAGAAGAAAAAACAAGAAGCUGUUCUACAAGAAAGAUUUGAUUAUGCAAAGAGAUUAAAGUCGGCAAUAACAGAAUUACAGAAGGUUGGAGAGAAGUUGGGAAAGUAUGAAGUAGAGAAACGUCAGGCUGUGGAGAAUGAAGAUUACGACAAAGCAAAGCUGAAGAAAGUACAAAUGGAUGAAUAUAGAUUACAAGUGUAUAGGGACUUAAACUUGGCUGAUUUACUGGAAACUACUGGGUCUCGCCAUCCCCAAGUUAUAGAUUUAGAGCCAAUACGACAAGCCACACCUCCCAGAUUACUGGAGUUGACCCCAAGGUCACCUAUUCAAAGGUCACCUCCAAGAACACCUCCUCCUAGGACACCAUAUGAUGAACGACCUCUGCCUGCUUUGAAAAGUAAGGAAACACCUAGAGAAUUACCAUCUACACCACCACAAAGGACAUCUUAUGAUGAGCGCCCUCUACCUGUCAAACCACCUGCUGUUCCUGAUGAAGAGCCAGAACCAGCAGAAACUGCAGGGGGAAUAACUGGUGAACCUGAACCAUUGACAGAGAAGGAUUUGAGGGAAGCAUCAGCAGCCAUUGAUGUGUUUGGUGAACAGCUGGUGUCCAAAGCUUACAGUAAAACUUGGUCAUAUAGAGAAGAUGCCUUGCUAGCUGUUUAUAAACAGAUGCAGGAUCUCCCGGCCACGGCACCAAAAGAUGAAGCUAAGUCCAUGUUGAGAGCAUCUAUAUUCCUUGUCAAAAAAGCAAUAGAUGAUAAAGUUUAUGCAGUGUUCAAGGCAGGUCUACACUUGUUGAAGAUGAUACUAACAGAAUAUGUACCUAAACACAAAAUACCGAAACAAGAUACUGUUUGGGCUGUGGAGAGAUCUAUGCAAAACUUACUACAUAAAUCUGGUGAUACAGCUGUGAGAAAUAGAGAUGAUGCCAAGAAUUUUGUUUUAGAAAUGGCAAGAUAUCCUGAAGUGAAGCCAACAAACUGUGUUCCCCAUGAGGCUGUGAAACCUAUGAAGAAUACUGUUGCACCAAGACUUGGACAAAGUCGAUGUGAAAUUGUAGAAAUGUUAUACAAAGACUUAGGGAUCAAAACAAAUAGUGGUUUAAACAUUGACAACAUGAUGCAGUUCUGUGUGGCAGCGUUAGGUCAUCAUGCAGGAGAAGUUAGGGAUGUGUCAGAACGAAUCAUUAAAGCCCUGUAUAAAGAGGAACGACAGGCUGUGAAGGAUUAUCUACCUGCAGACGAUGAUAAAACAAGGAAGAUAACUCUGUAUAGACAGCUGUUUGAGUACUUUGAUAAGGUUGAUGGGAAACCCAGCAAAGCUGACGUCAGGAAACAAAGAUCAGACGAAGAAACAAAGAAACAAGCUGAGAUAGAGGCUCUACAGAAACAGUUACAGUCGCUGAAAGACAUGGCAUCUGGAAAACAGGAUGCUAAAACUAACCAAUCAAAGCCAAGCAAUAAACCAGUUGCUAAGAAGCCUGUAGAUGAAAACCUUCUGAAGGCAGAUAAGAAUAAAAAGAAAAAUGAGCCACCAAAGAAGUCUAAAAUAAUUAAUAAGAAACCAGCUGCUGAUGAUGAUGACACUUCUGUUUACAAUAUGGAUAAUAUUUGUAUAUUCUGUGGUGAAAGGAAUGAAAGUUUUACAGAAGAAGGACUUGAUUUACAUUACUGGAAACAUUGUCCAAUGUUAAAACGUUGCACAAACUGUAAACAAGUGGUAGAAAUAGCAACAUACACAGAUCAUUUACUGAAUGAGUGUGAGGCGAAAAAUAAUUACUCAAAAUGUAACCGAUGUACUGAAGCCAUUCCAAAGUCUGAAUAUGAUCAACAUGUGUCUGAAAAAAGUUGUAACGCUGCCAAAAGUUCAUCAAACCACUGUCCACUAUGUCAUCAGAAUGUCUCGUCUGGUGAAGACGGCUGGAAAAACCAUCUAAUGGGCAAAGAUGGCUGCAAACAGAAUCCUCGUCGUCUCCUCUCACUUAAUAAAAAUCCACCAACAGGUGGAACAUCAAAGAAUAAACCAAAAGCCACAGGAAAGAAUAAGAAGACUCCAAGAUAACUUUCGAAGACUAGACAAUUUAUAGUGCUAUAAUUUAUAGGAGAAUAUUAUUAUGAUAUAUAGUUAGACUAUAUGACACUAUUGUACAAUAUUGAGACAGUGAUCACUGACAAAUCUUUAGCAGGGAUAAUUUUCUUAGUUUCUAUUUGAAAUUAAAUUCUUAGAAAGAGAAAUAUCCAAGAUUAAGAUUUAUGCGAGAGCAUUAGCUCUGAGUGAUACAUCUAGUUUGGAGUCAUAGAUAUGGCCCAGGAAUUUAGAUCUGGCUUUGAGUGGAAUAUUUUGGUUUGGUUCACAGAUCUGGGAUUACAUCUUAGAUGAGUUUCUGAGAUGCUAUUCAGGGUCUUCUGGUCAGGUUCUUGCACUGAUGUCACCCAUCCUGAUUUGUUCAUCAGUUACCCUUAUCUGCCUCUGAUGGUCAGAUUUUAGAACAAGACAUGUUUUCAUACAGGUUGGUUUAACAGAAUCAACAGUGACUGACACUAAUGGCAAACAUCCCUUUCCUGCACAUGGAACCUUGAACGACUGUGGUUUUGUUUCUAUGCCACAUGUUAUAAUGCAUCUUUGUAAACUAUCAGCUCUCCUAAAAUUCCUGAUAAAUGUGAGUUCUGCAAAUAAGCUUCAUACAGGAAGAUGUUUUAUCUGUGAUAUAUAUGCUACAGUACUGUUUAUUGUUGAAGACCAUAUUUUGACCUUCAGAUGUCUUUGUGUCAUCUGAUUGCUGUCUCAUUGAUUUAUCACACUCAUCCUUUAAUUGGUAUAUCCUUUUAUUGAUAUCUAUCAGCAAUAAUGAUUCAUGAUAAGUUGAUCACAGAAAUGUGCACUGGAACCUGAAACUACUGUUUAUGAUUCACAUUAAUCGGACUCUGAUAUUUAUUUACAUUUUACCAUAUUUACAGUGGAUAUCAAAUCAGAAGUAACUCUUUAUACUUAUUUUAGAAAUUAAAGGAUAAAGACUACAUCAGUUAGGAAAUUUUGUACUAGAAAAAAAUUACAUUAUGUCUUCAGUGAAUUUAAGAUUUUUUUGUAAAGAGUAUUUAAUUUGUCUGAGUAUUGCAUAGUUAUAGAUUAUCUAUGGUUUUUCAAACCAGAGGAUUUUCUCAGAUACAAUCUCAUCGAAAGGCGACAAACCUAAGAUGAGAUGUGGCAUACAACUUCCUCGAGUUUGAAAGACCACAUGUUUAUCGCUAUUUUGUCGAUGAUGUCGUUGACAGUGGCACAAGUUCCUUGGUUUCUAUCGAUAAUUUUCUAUCUCAAGCAAGAAGCAUGAUAAGAAAAAUUAUCACAAAAAAAGAUCAAAAGAAAAAUACACAAAAUAGCUAUAAUAUGGAUUUCAUAAUAGUUAUAUUAUGUCUCAUCAGUUUCUACUUAUAUUUAAAAAAGUAUUGUAUUGCUUAAAAAGCAUCUUUUUAGGAAAAUGUUAUCCCAACAAUAUUUUUAAUGGCCUGGGCUAUAAGGCUUAGGGUUAAUUAUAAAGACUGUAAUGUAAAAUGCUGUAAUAAAAGGGAGUUGUUAACAUCAUGGGACCAACAGUUAUUAAUAUAAAAAGACAUUAAAUUCGUUUUCUAAAGCAAUUAUAUAUCUUACCAAAGUUGUUCUUAUUGUUUUUAAAAAAUAUUAGAUGUGUCAAAUAAGAUUUUACUGGAGUAGGGAGGUGAACUGUCCUCUGUUUUAAUUCUUCCAUUUACAUUUUAUUUAUGUUUAUAAGGAAGUAAGUUACAUUAAUGUAUUUUUCAUCAGACUGUUUUCCAGGUAAACAGUUCCCUAUUCUGCCCUUCUUAACAUAUGAGUAUAAAAUUGAGAAUGGAAAUGGGGAAUAUGUCAAAGAGACAACAACCCGACCAAAGAGCAGACAACAGCCGAAGGCUACCAAUGAUUCUUAAACGCAGCGAGAAAAUUCCGCAACCGGAGGUGGUCCUCAGCUG